UGGCGGCGCGCGCACAGUGUGCUGGACUGGAGACCGGCGGUCCUUCCGAGCCCUGAUUUGGUCGUCAGGUUCCUGCCUCCCUUUAGCUGUGGCUUCGCGGGGUGGUGGGUGCCGCCAGUCUUUCUGUUCUGCCUCCCCCGCAGACACGCAUGUUGUCCUUGGGUCGCAGCGCGCGCCGGGUCGCGGCGACUCUGGUUCCCCAGACGUGGCUCUGGUGUGCGAGGAAUGACACAGCCUCGACAGUUCGUCGCCUCAGCUCUCCCUCUCCGAGAUACGACGUUAUUGUCAUCGGGGGUGGCCACGCGGGCGUAGAGGCAGCCGCGGCGGCAGCUCGGCUGGGAACCCAGACACUGCUUCUCACGCAUAAGAUAGAUACCGUAGGACAAAUGUCAUGUAAUCCUUCCUUUGGUGGAAUUGGGAAAGGUCAUCUGGUAAGGGAAGUGGAUGCACUGGAUGGGCUCUGUGCUCGAAUUUGCGAUCAGUCUGGAGUGCAUUAUAAAGUACUAAACAAGCGCAAGGGACCUGCUGUCUGGGGUCUCCGAGCUCAGAUAGACAGAAAGCUCUACAAAGUGAACAUGCAGAAAGAAAUUCUCCAAACGCCCUGUCUGACAGUGUGUGAGGCAUCUGUGGAAGAUCUUCUACUGACAGAACCAGAAGCUGGGAGUCCUGGGAAAUGCUGUGUCAGCGGAGUCAUUCUGGGGGAUGGAAGGAGAGUGCAUGCUGGGAGCGUUAUUCUGACCACAGGGACGUUUCUAAGAGGGAUGAUCCUCAUUGGACUGGAAAUGCAUCCUGCUGGGCGGAUGGGAGAUCAGCCCUCCAUUGGCCUUGCUCAGACUUUGGAGAAGUUGGGAUUUACUGUGGGCAGACUCAAGACCGGGACUCCACCCCGGCUGCUGAAAGACUCCAUUGACUUCAGUGUUAUGGCGAGACAACGGGCUGACGACCCUCCUGUGCCGUUCAGCUUCCUUAGUGAAGCGGUGUGGAUCAAGCCAGAACAUCAGCUUUUAUGUUACCAGACCCAUACCAACCCCAAAGUGGAACAGCUCAUCCGGGACAACCUUCACCUGAACAAUCACAUCAAAGAGACAACAAAAGGACCUCGGUACUGCCCCUCACUUGAGUCUAAAAUUCUGCGUUUUCCAAACCGUGUGCAUCAGCUCUGGCUUGAGCCUGAGGGUCUAGAUUCCAAUGUCAUCUACCCACAGGGAAUGUCAAUGACGUUGCCAUCUGAAAUCCAGGAGGAGCUUGUCACUCACAUUAGGGGUUUGGAGAAAGCAAAAAUUGUGCAGCCAGGCUAUGGAGUUCAGUAUGAUUUUCUGGACCCACGUCAGCUGACUGCCUCCCUUGAGUCUCGUCUUGUUCAGCGGCUCUUCUUCGCAGGACAGAUAAAUGGCACAACGGGCUAUGAGGAGGCUGCAGCCCAGGGUAUAAUUGCUGGAAUCAAUGCUGGCCUACGAGUAAAAGGGAAACCUCCCUUUAUCGUCAGUCGUACUGAAGGUUACAUUGGCGUUUUGAUUGAUGAUCUCACAACUCUGGGCACUGAUGAACCAUACCGGAUGUUCACAAGCCGUGUGGAGUUUCGGAUGUCUCUGCGUCCAGAUAACGCAGACAGCAGGCUCACCUUCCGAGGCUACGCUGAAGCUGGCUGUGUGUCCCAAAAGCGAUAUGACCAAGCCUCUCGGAUGAAUGCAAUGUUGGAAGAAGGAAUUGAAGCACUGAAGUCUAUUGAGUUCAGCGGCACAAAAUGGGCUCGAUUGAUUCCAGAGGCUACCAUAAGUACUAAUCGCAGCUCACUUCUCAGCGCUUUGGACAUCCUUCAGUACCAAGAGGUCAAUAUGGAGAUUUUGGCAAGAGUUUUCUCAGAGCCCCUGAAAAAGUUUGCUGAAUGGAGACAACUGGCUCAGAGGUUGAAAACAGAAGCUGUAUACAAGCGGCCUGUGUCCUUUCAGAGGGCUGAAAUAGAAGAAGUGCGUCGAGAUGAGGCUCUCCAGCUGCCAGAGGAUCUGGAUUAUUUUGCCAUCAAUGCAUCACUAUCCCAGGAAGUGCGAGAAAAAUUGGAUUCCCACCGACCUCAGACGAUUGGAGCUGUCAACCGAAUCCCUGGAAUUACACCAGCUGCUAUUUUCAAUCUGCUAAAAUUUGUGAAAAUCAGUCACCAAAGAGCAAAAAGAACAGAGGGGAUUAAGUAAUUUAUCUAGAACUGAUAGCCUCUUUUCAGAUGCAGAUUUGCUGGGGCAAUGAAAAUUUAAAGUUGCUGAUGGAAAUAUUCUUUUGUGCAGAAGCCAUUAAACUUAUUUAUAUGUGGUCCCUGAGCAUGUGGCUAUAAGAUUGUCCGCAUAGUAUGAAUGGAUGGACGACAGACAUAUUUGUAGUAGUACAGUACAAUAGAAUGGGAAGAACUAGAUAUCUCUUCAAGA